GCGGGCACCGAGUCGUCUGGCAAGACUGCGGGCACCGAGUCGUCUGGCGGAACAGCGGGCAUCGAGUCAACUGGCGGAACAGCGGGCACCGAGUCGUCUGGCAAGACUGAGGGCACCGAGUCGUCUGGCAAGACUGCGGGCAUCGAGUCGUCUGGCAAGACUGCAGGCACCGAGUCGUCUGGCAAGACUGCAGGCACCGAGUCAUCUGGCAGAACAGCGGGCAUCGAGUCAACUGGCGGAACAGCGGGCACCGGGUCAUCAGGUACCGGAUUGUCUGGCUCGACAGCGGGCAUCGGGUCACCAGGCAUCAGGUCAUUUGGCUUGCCAGUGGGCACCGCGUCACCUGGCAAGGCAGUGGGCACCGAGUCACCAGGCACGACAGCGGGCUCUGAGUCAACUGGCAUGACAGCGGGCACCGGGUAAUCAGGUACCGGAUUGUCUGGCUCGACAGCGGGCAUCGGGUCACCAGGC